AUGGCUCCUCCCGCUUCCGACCCCACCGUCUACCAGGCUCACCACGAUGCCUUCGCCGCUGAGGGCCUCCCUACUUCCCCCGCCGGAUGGGUUGAGCGUGCCCAGAAGGUCGCUGGCAUCCUCGCCCCCGACGCUGCUACCCGUAACAUCGAGCAGAAGGUCCCUCACGCUGAGGUCUCUCUCUUGAAGAGCUCUGGUCUCACCAAGAUCCUCGGUGACCCCAAGUACGGUGGUGGUGGCCAGACCUGGGAGGUUGCCCUCCGUGCUAUCCGUGAGCUCGCUGUUGGCGAUGGUUCCAUUGGUAUGCUCUUGGGUUACCACUUGCAGUGGUCCUCCCUCACCCGCGUUAUCGGUACCGAGGAGCAGAAGGAGCGCUGGGAGAAGACCAUCCUCGAGACCAACUCUUUCGUCGGUGCUGCCGUCAACCCCCGUGACAACGAUAGCCGCAUCACCCCCAACGGUGACGGUCUCGUCUUCAACGGUUUCAAGAACUUCACCACCGGCGGUGCUCUCUCCGACCUCAUCGUCCUCGAGGGUGUCCACAUGGAAACCGGCGACCACAUCUUCACCAUCGUCCCCACCAAGCAGCCCGGCUUCCAGUUUGCCUACAACUGGAAGAACAUGGGUAUGCGUCUGACCGAGUCGGGCUCCUGCAAGAUUGAGGAGAUCCCCUUCGAGUGGAAGGACGCCCUUGGUUUCGACGUCGAGGCCCGGAAGCCCAUCAAGGAGCUCCUCGAGUCCCCCUACGAGACCCUCCUUGGCCCCAUCUUCCAGCUCGUCUUCGCCAACUUCUACAACGGUAUCGCCCGCGGUGCCCUCCAGACCGCCAAGGGCUACACCACCACCACCACCCGCCCCUGGCCCUUCACCCACAACCCCCAGAAGAGCGCCCUUGACGAGCACUACAUCCUCGCCAAGUACGGUCGCUACUUCGCCUCCAUCCGCGCUGCCGACGCUCUCUGCGACGUCGCUGGCAAGGAGAUCUCCGACCUGUUCCACGGCUACGCUGGUAACAAGCUGGACUUGACCGCCCGCCAGCGUGGUGAGGUCGCCGAGUCCGUCACCGCCUGUAAGAUCACCUCCUCCCACAUGGCUCUCGAGGUCACCGGCGGUGUCUUCGAGGUCACCGGUGCCCGUUCCACCUCCGAGAAGUACAGCUUCGACCGCUUCUGGAAGGACAUCCGUGUCCACACCCUGCACGACCCGUUGGCCUACAAGGAGAACGAGCUGGGCCGUUACUACUUGACCAACGAGAUCCCCACCCCUUCGUGGUACACUUAA